AGCUACGAAAUGUGUGAUUCUCUGAGGAACUUAACCAAGAAUAAUUACCAGAGCUGUAAAGUAACAGGAUCGUUAUCAAUUGGAGGGGUGCCUUUCCCGGAACCACUGACUUGGACUGGGUGUCUCCCAAACGAGUGUCUUGAUGGAAAAUUAGCUGGAUCAGCUCUACCGUAUCUCAGUGCAUGGUUAAAUAAAACAACCAAAGGGAAGGUGAUUGCAGAUCCUGCUAAGUGGAUGGUAGCGUGUGAGGAGGAUUUGGAGUUUGAUGCCGGAGCUUAUGCUGCCAUUACAUUCCUAGCAGUUGUAGGUUCUCUUGUGGUAUUUGGAACACUCUGGCACCUUCUGCACUCAAUCCUCUUGAGUGUUAGAGAGGAUACCAGAAUUAUGGACGAUGAUGAAGACACGGAUAACCUUGUUCAAGAACAGGAACCAUCCGAGAAAGAACAGUCACAAAUCCAAUCUGAAUCCAUGAUAAGUAAAGCCAUAAAAUGUUUCGCUCUUCAGCGAACGUUUAAAACCCUCACAGCCGUCGAAACAAAACCAGGACAAGUUCUCUGUCUCAACGGCAUCAGAGUUCUCAGUAUAAACUGGGUUAUCCUCGGACAUACUUUUGCGUUUUUGAGCGGUAUGCUUGGAGACCCAGGAGAUCUGGCGAAGCUACUGCAAAGUCGAGGCUUCACACUGAUUGCUAAUGCUUUCUCCUCUGUUGAUUCAUUUUUCACUUUGAGCGGGUUCCUAGUGAGCUUCCUUUUAUUAAAACAGUUGACAAAGAAGGGUCUCCUCUCGAUACCACAGUGGACUGCUUUUUACGUCCACAGGUACAUCCGACUGACUACCCCGUACCUGGUGAUGAUAUUGUUUGAGGGGUUUCUGUACAGACACCUGGUAUCAGGACCCUUCUCAGUUGAUAUAGAUGUUGGUACCAACCACGCUACUUGUAAGCAGUACUGGUGGACUAACCUGCUCUACAUCAAUAAUCUAGUUCCCUGGAAUCCAACAGGUCAAAACUGCCUGGGUCAAAGUUGGUACCUUGCCAAUGACAUGCAGUUCUUCAUCAUAGCCCCUGUAUUCAUCGUCCUCUUAUUUGCUUAUCCUCUGAUCGGCAAUCUCGUCACCACGGUAACUAUCAGCUGCAGUGCUAUUGCAGCGGCAGUUAUUACCGCCCACUACAACCUCGCCCCCUCAAUGUCACUCGGGAACCCUCUAAACUACACCAAGGUAUACAGAGUACCCUGGACUAGGAUAAGCCCCUACCUGGUGGGGAUACUGGGAGGGUGGUUCUACUGGUGCUGGGGGGAGCAGGUCCAGGAGAAGGUUAAAACACUCCCAGUCUGGAAGAAGGUUGUUAUAGCAACACCACUGUGGAUAGCAACUGCUGCUGUGGAAUAUGAGGUGGUGUUCGGUCUCUACCACGAUAUACAGGACCACUUUAUACACGGUAAAGCCACCUCCAAAACAGACAGCAUCUCCUACCAAAUGCUAGCGAGGAUAGGAUGGUCUCUGGCUCUGAUCACGCAGGUACUCCUCUGUCAGUUUGGUCUAGGAGGGUUCAUCAACUCACUCCUCAGCUGGAAAGGGUGGCUGGUACUCUCUAGACUCACCUACUCUGUCUACCUCAUCCACUUUGGUCUGAUCGUGAUACUGGUGGACCAAACUAGACACACUUUCUUUGUGAAGCCUGACUUUGAGUUCGCGGUUAUUUAUCUAGGAAUAGUGGUUAUGUCGUAUUUAGCUGCAGUAGUGCUGUAUGUUUGUGUUGAGCAACCUGUUGCUCUUUUGGAGGGCAUUACGUACAGGAAGUAGUGUUGCCAUGGUAACAGUAGUGUUGCCAUGGUAACAGUGCUGCACGACGUACGUUUGUGUUGGAAAACCUGUUGCCCUUUACGUACAGAAAAAUGAAAUUAUAUUUUAUGAGAUGGUAUGUUUUGAAAUGUGAUUCGUAUUGUGCUUUAUGAUUGUCUUCGGUAAAUAUAUCAUAUCAUCACUAUUAUUAGUUAUAGAUAUUAAUAAUUGUUAU